AUGGAUCGUGAAUUCAAAGGUAAUCGUGAACGUGAGCGUGAACGUGAACGUGAAGGUGGCUUUGAAGGUGGUCGUGAUCGUGGCUUUGAAGGUGGUCGUGAACGUGGAUUUGAAGGCAAUCGUGAACGUCAAGGUGAACGUGAACCAGGUCUCAUCAAUGAUUUUCGUCGUGAAGAAGGAAAAAUCGAAGGUGAAUUUCGAGAUUUUGAAAGAGGUCAUGAACAACGUGAAGCUGAUAAAUAUGAGAAUCGUGCUGAUAAAUAUGAACGAAGAGAAGAUGAAGAUUUCAAUAAAGGACGUUUUCCAUAA